UCAUUUCUGCUGGCCAUUUGGUGGCCCUCCUGCACAAACCCCAAAGACCCUUCAGAGGCCUCAACAUACACGCUAGUAAGAGUAAGGCAAUGUUAGACAAGACUUUCACCAACAGCACAGUGAGCGUUCAACUGCCGGGAGAGUUGGAUGUUGGAUGGAACAACACGAUUGUGUUCUGCAUGAUUACUUCACCUGAAACCAAUUGGACCACAUGGGGAGCCUCAGAUCUGUAUGAGGGCAGACUGGUUGGACUGAGUGUGCGCGGCAAGAACAUUUCAGGACUACAGGAGCGCGUCAACAUCACCAUGACUCUUACUAUGGGCAUAAAUGAGACCCAAAAACCCACUUGUGAGUUCUUCAAUUUUACAACAAGUGACUUCAGCAGUAAUGGCUGUCUUACCCUGUGGGAACGUGAUGAAAGUCAAAUCACCUGCUCCUGUGACCACCUCACAUACUUUGGUGUGCUCCUGGUAGAGGUAGAUGCUAUCCUCCCUCCUGCUGACCUGAAGAUUCUGACACUCAUCACUCAGAUUGGCUGUAGUCUUUCUCUUUUUGCCCUGGUCAUCACUGUUCUGCUCUUCAUCACGAACAGAAAGAUCAGAGCAGAUGUCUCUAUGAGGGUCCACAUCAACCUCACCAUUGCCCUGAUUCUCCUCAACCUGCACUUCCUCCCAAGUCAGUCGGUGGCAGCACAGUCCUCCUCUGGGCUUUGCGUUUACAUGGCCCUUGCUCUUCACUAUUCCCUGCUGGCCACUUUCAGCUGGAUGGCCCUGGAAGGGUUCCACAUCUACCUUCUCCUUGUCAGAGUCUUCAACAUCUAUGUCAGGAGAUACUUGCUCAAACUCAGCUUGGUGGGAUGGGGUAUCCCUGCAGUCAUCGUGUCCCUGGUGGUGAUCAUAGACAGAGGCACGUAUGGACGUGUCUUUUUGGACUUGUCUAACUCCAACAGCAAUGCAAUAUGCUAUAUAGUCAAUAACACAGUGAAGAUGGUGACUACAGUGGGAGUGUUCUGCUUGGUGUUCGCCUUUAACAUAAUCAUGUUAGGGGUGACAGUCCGACGUGUGGUGAGCUUCCGCCAACGCAAAGAGGUUCGGAUCCAUGUGCACUCUCUUCAGUUUGGGCAGAGUGACAGUGACAGAGCCAAGCGGGACAUCUGUACCCUGCUGGGAGUCACCAUUCUGCUUGGCAUUACCUGGGGCCUGGUCUUCUUCUCAUUUGGCUACCUGACCAUUCCUGGCCUCUACGUCUUCUGCAUCCUGAACUCACUGCAAGGUUUCUUCAUCUUCCUGUGGUUUUUGAUGUCUUUGAGAAAGACUGGAAACUCUGUUAAGACGAGCAGUGAAACACGUAGCACCAACAACUAAACCUAAACCC